AUGAGACGGAUCCCUCGGAUGAAGGAUGGUGCUUUGCCCACGGUGGCCUGGAUGCUGCUGGCGAUGCACUCGUGUGCUGAACAGAGUUGCAGUUUCUCGCCCGAGCUCCUGGCAGAGAAUCCCUUGUCGGCGGUGCUGUCGCUCAUGAGUGCCUUCUUCCAAAGAUACACCACUGUCAGCGGGCUGGACGGAAAGCUGAAAUUUGCGAAGGGGACUGCCGUGUCGGAGUUCCACCAGCAUCCGCGGCCCAAACGGCCCUGCCAUGCAGAUCUCAUCAUUUUGGAUCCCGAAUCAGGCGUGAAUUUGGCGCCUCCCAUGUCGCCGGCCACUCAUAUCCUGCUGGUGCACGAAAUGCUACGGGCCAGGCGCGGGACAGAGUGGCAGAUGAUCAUCAAUAGGGUGUGCAGGACCUGA